GGUUCCUGUGUCACGGGGACCACAUUUUUGUGUGCAGACCCCCUAACACCUGGGUUUUAGAGGCAAAGGAAAGCUGGGGACUGAUUCUAGGGCAGUUUGCGGGAGAUUUGCAAUUCUGGAAGCAAACAGUGAAAAUGUAGCUGUGGCCCUUCCUUGUUCUGGAACCUAGAGGGUUAACAGGCAGCUCUUCCGGUCCACCCGCCCCCCAAGCCUGUAGCUUCUUGUUGCCGUGGAGAUGGUAGCCCCGCCCCUGAUGCAGCACCUGCCCCCCCAUUGGCUGCAGUGGUGACUGUGGGGCUGAGGGGGGAGCCCAGGCCUGGGCAGCCAUUCUGGAGCUGGAGCCGGAGCUUGGCAUCCCCCCACUUUCAUUCUCAUCUAGCCCCUCGGCCCCUCUAAAUUCCUUGGCAGCAGAGCCUCAGCCUCCCUCCUCGGAGCUGCCACCCUUCUAGACUCUUGGCAGGCUGAGCUUCAUCUGCAUUCACCUCCCCUCCUCCUCCUCCUCUCCCUACCCUCACUUGGGAGUCCCCGAACCCCCACUGCCCAUCCUCCCCACCCCCCUGCAUUCAUCUUUUCUCCCCUUCCCCCCUUCCCUUCUGAGUCCCUGCCACUGCAGUGCACGUGGAACCGACUCUUCCUCCCCUCCCCCCCGUCUGCCCCUUCCUUGAAUUUUCUGUCCCCAGCCUUCUUCCCCUGCUACUCCUCAUAGGUCUCUCCCAAGACAUCCCCCCUCCAGUCCAGGGAGGGGGUCAUGGGAGGCAGCCCUGGUCCUCCAGACAGACAGGGAUUCCAGGAGGGGAGGGCAGGUGGAAGAUGUGCCCAGCUGAGGGAAGAGGAAAGCUUGCCUGUGGGCAAUGACCUUUAACCCAACUUUCCCCCCCAGCUAGCCCCUUCCUGGGGGGGUGAGCACCAAGGGCCUAGCUUCUGUGGAUUUUUGGGGUCCUUUAUCACUGGGGUUUUACUGACCCUCCCAGCCAUGCCCCUCUGCUGACAGCCAGCCCCAGUCAUGGGCCUAAGGCCUCCCACCCCGUCCCCCUCGGGGGGCUCCGGCUCGGGUUCCUUGCCCCCUCCUUCCCGCCGCCAGCCUCUCAGCCGCCGCUGCUCUUCCUGCUGCUUUCCGGGGGAAUACCACUUGGGUCGCUCGAGGAGGAAGAGCGUCCCAGGGGGGAAGCAGUACAGCAUGGAGGCCGCCCCCGCUGCGCCCUUCCGGCCAUCGCAAGGCUUCCUGAGCCGGAGGCUAAAAAGCUCCAUCAAACGCACAAAGUCACAACCCAAACUUGACCGGACCAGCAGCUUUCGCCAGAUCCUGCCUCGCUUCCGAAGUGCUGACCAUGACCGGGCCCGGCUGAUGCAGAGCUUUAAGGAGUCACACUCUCAUGAGUCCUUGCUGAGUCCUAGCAGUGCAGCUGAGGCCUUGGAGCUCAACUUGGAUGAAGAUUCCAUUAUCAAGCCAGUGCACAGCUCCAUCCUGGGCCAGGAGUUCUGUUUUGAGGUAACAACGUCAUCAGGAACAAAAUGUUUUGCCUGUCGUUCUGCGGCCGAAAGGGACAAAUGGAUCGAGAAUCUACAGCGGGCAGUAAAACCCAACAAGGACAACAGCCGCCGGGUGGACAACGUGUUGAAGCUGUGGAUCAUAGAGGCCCGGGAGCUGCCCCCCAAGAAGCGGUACUACUGUGAGCUCUGCCUAGAUGACAUGCUCUAUGCGCGCACCACCUCCAAGCCCCGCUCGGCCUCAGGGGACACCGUGUUCUGGGGCGAGCACUUUGAGUUUAACAACCUGCCGGCGGUCCGUGCCCUGCGGCUGCAUCUCUACCGUGACUCUGACAAAAAGCGCAAGAAGGACAAGGCGGGCUAUGUCGGCCUGGUGACUGUGCCCGUGGCCACCCUAGCUGGGCGCCACUUCACAGAGCAGUGGUACCCCGUAACCCUGCCAACAGGCAGUGGGGGCUCCGGGGGUAUGGGGGGCUCAGGUGGGGGCGGGGGCUCGGGGGGCGGCUCAGGGGGCAAGGGCAAAGGAGGUUGCCCGGCUGUGCGGCUGAAAGCACGUUACCAGACAAUGAGUAUCCUGCCCAUGGAGCUGUAUAAGGAGUUUGCAGAGUAUGUCACCAACCAUUAUCGGAUGCUGUGUGCAGUAUUGGAGCCUGCCCUGAACGUCAAGGGCAAGGAAGAGGUUGCCAGUGCACUGGUUCACAUCCUGCAGAGUACGGGCAAGGCCAAGGACUUCCUUUCAGACAUGGCCAUGUCUGAGGUGGACCGGUUCAUGGAACGGGAGCACCUCAUAUUCCGCGAGAACACGCUCGCCACUAAAGCCAUAGAAGAGUACAUGAGACUGAUUGGUCAGAAAUACCUCAAGGAUGCCAUUGGGGAAUUCAUCCGUGCUCUGUAUGAGUCCGAGGAGAACUGUGAGGUGGACCCCAUCAAGUGCACGGCGUCCAGUCUGGCAGAGCACCAGGCCAACCUGCGAAUGUGCUGUGAGUUGGCCCUGUGCAAGGUGGUCAACUCCCAUUGCGUGUUCCCGAGGGAGCUGAAGGAGGUGUUUGCGUCGUGGCGACUGCGCUGCGCAGAGCGGGGCCGGGAGGACAUCGCUGACAGGCUGAUCAGCGCCUCGCUCUUCCUGCGCUUCCUCUGCCCAGCCAUUAUGUCGCCCAGUCUCUUUGGGCUCAUGCAGGAGUACCCAGAUGAGCAGACCUCACGAACCCUCACCCUUAUCGCCAAGGUCAUCCAGAACCUGGCCAACUUUUCCAAGUUUACCUCAAAGGAGGACUUUCUGGGAUUCAUGAAUGAGUUUCUGGAGCUGGAGUGGGGUUCCAUGCAGCAGUUCCUGUACGAGAUCUCCAACCUGGACACGCUGACCAACAGCAGUAGCUUUGAGGGUUACAUCGACUUGGGCCGAGAGCUCUCCACACUGCAUGCCUUGCUCUGGGAGGUGCUGCCCCAGCUCAGCAAGGAAGCCCUCCUGAAGCUGGGCCCGUUGCCCCGGCUCCUCAAUGACAUCAGCACAGCUCUGAGGAACCCCAACAUCCAAAGGCAGCCAAGCCGCCAGAGCGAGCGGCCCCGGCCUCAGCCCGUAGUGCUGCGGGGUCCAUCAGCCGAGAUGCAGGGCUACAUGAUGCGGGACCUCAACAGCUCCAUCGACCUUCAGUCCUUCAUGGCUCGAGGCCUCAACAGCUCUAUGGACAUGGCUCGCCUCCCCUCCCCAACCAAGGAAAAGCCGCCCCCACCACCCCCUGGUGGGGGGAAGGACGUGUUCUAUGUCAGCCGUCCACCUCUGGCCCGUUCCUCGCCAGCAUACUGCACGAGCAGCUCAGACAUCACAGAGCCAGAGCAGAAGAUGCUGAGUGUCAACAAGAGUGUCUCCAUGCUGGAUCUGCAGGGCGAUGGGCCCGGUGGCCGCCUAAACAGCAGCAGUGUGUCCAACCUGGCGGCCGUCGGGGACCUGCUGCACUCGAGCCAGGCCUCCCUGACAGCGGCCUUGGGGCUGCGGCCGGCGCCUGCUGGACGCCUCUCCCAGGGGAGUGGCUCGUCCAUCACUGCGGCUGGCAUGCGCCUCAGCCAGAUGGGCGUCACCACGGACGGUGUCCCUGCCCAGCAACUGCGUAUCCCCCUCUCCUUCCAGAACCCUCUCUUCCACAUGGCUGCUGAUGGGCCAGGCCCCCCAGGGGGACACGGAGUGGGCGGUGGCCAUGGCCCACCCUCUUCCCAUCACCACCAUCACCACCAUCACCACCACCGAGGUGGAGAGCCCCCAGGGGACACCUUUGCCCCAUUCCAUGGCUAUAGCAAGAGUGAGGACCUCUCCUCAGGGGUCCCCAAGCCCCCUGCUGCUUCCAUCCUUCACAGCCACAGCUACAGUGAUGAGUUUGGACCCUCUGGCACUGACUUCACCCGUCGGCAGCUCUCACUCCAGGACAACCUGCAGCACAUGCUGUCCCCUCCCCAGAUCACCAUUGGUCCCCAGAGGCCUGCCCCCUCAGGGCCUGGAGGUGGGAGCGGUGGUGCGGGCAGUGGCGGGGGUGGCGGGGGCCAGCCGCCUCCGUUGCAGAGGGGCAAGUCUCAGCAGUUGACAGUCAGCGCUGCCCAGAAACCCCGGCCAUCCAGCGGGAAUCUGUUGCAGUCACCGGAGCCGAGUUACGGCCCUGCCCGUCCGCGGCAACAGAGCCUCAGCAAGGAGGGCAGCAUUGGGGGCAGCGGGGGCAGCGGUGGCGGAGGGGGUGGGGGGCUCAAGCCCUCCAUCACCAAGCAGCACUCUCAGACGCCAUCCACGCUCAACCCCACGAUGCCAGCCUCCGAGCGGACAGUGGCCUGGGUCUCCAAUAUGCCUCACCUGUCAGCUGACAUCGAGAGUGCCCACAUCGAGCGGGAAGAGUACAAGCUGAAGGAGUACUCCAAGUCGAUGGAUGAGAGCCGGCUGGACAGGGUGAAGGAGUACGAGGAGGAGAUCCACUCACUGAAGGAGCGGCUGCACAUGUCCAACCGGAAGCUGGAAGAGUAUGAGCGGAGGCUGCUGUCCCAGGAAGAACAGACCAGCAAAAUCCUGAUGCAGUAUCAGGCCCGACUAGAGCAGAGCGAGAAGAGGCUAAGGCAGCAGCAGGUGGAGAAGGACUCGCAGAUCAAGAGCAUCAUUGGCAGGCUGAUGCUGGUGGAGGAGGAGCUGCGCCGGGACCACCCCGCCAUGGCUGAGCCGCUGCCCGAACCCAAGAAGAGGCUGCUCGACGCUCAGGAGAGGCAGCUUCCCCCCUUGGGUCCAACAAACCCGCGUGUGACGCUGGCCCCACCUUGGAACGGCCUGGCCCCCCCAGCCCCGCCCCCCCCACCCCGGCUGCAGAUCACCGAGAACGGCGAGUUCCGAAACACCGCAGACCACUAGCCCACCCAGCAUCACAGACCUUGUUCUCCCUCCCCAUGCACCCCACCCUGGAACAGCACCAACCACCAGGAAUGGACGUCGCCGAGGGACAGCGGGAUUGCCUCCCUGAAUGCCUCCUUGGGGGGCACCAAUCCUCCACCCCCACUGCACCAUUUCCAGGAGGGAGAGCGGGGACCCUUAGCUGCCCCCUUUUCUUCCUGUUGGGGUGCUGCCCCGUGACCCCUAAGGACCCUUGCCCCAGGACACCACCUACCCCACACAGACCCCUUCACUCCGGGGUGCUAUCCCCAUCCUCUGCCUCAUCGUUCCCCUGAGCACUGGGGGACAGACCCUCGCCCCCACCCUGGGGGUGUGGCACCUCCAAACUUUCAACUUCAGGGUGAUUUUUUUAGCAGUAACCAGAGCUGACAAUCUAACUCCCCUCCACCGCCCCAUUUUGGCCUCCCCCUGUCCCCCUUGUUAUGGGGAGGGGACCCCGGGUGAGGGGGCCCUAUUACCCCUUGAUUUCUCAGGAGCGUCUGGGGGGGCUCAGCACGCACAAACUCCUUCUCCUCUACCACUCUUAAAUUUACUCCCUUCCCACCCAGAACCCAGAUGGGGUGGAGGGGCCACCGGGGCAGGGAGGGGGCGGCAAGGGGGGAAUGGGAGUUGUCUCCCGUUCCUCCCACACCUGAUCUGCUCUUGGCUGGUCCCAGAGCGGGGUGAGGGGGCUUAUGCCCCCCCCUCCCCCAGUGUGUUGGGUGGGGUGGAAUUGAGGUUAGGGUGAAGGGUUAGGGUUUAGGAGGGUGUGUAUGUUGGGGAGGACAGACUAGUUGAUCUGCCCUCCCCUGACACACACAGUCCCCCCUGCCCCUCCCCUCUCUCUUCUUGGUCUCUACUCCCAGGGGGAGAGGGGAACUUACUCUAGGAAAAGCCAUGUCUCUCUCCCCCAGGGUGGGGGGACCUGUGUUGGAGAAGGGGUGUUGGGGGCCCCCUUCCAUGACUCUGUCCCCCGGGGGGAGGUAGGACAGGGCUGGGCUUCCCUCUCAUCCUCCCCCCCUCCUCAAUCUCCCUCCACCUCCCUCCCUCCCGCCAGCUCCACAAUUUUUCGGUGUUUCUCUGUAUAUAGCUCUCUGGCGGGAUAGGGGAGGUAGGAUGGAUGGGGUUUGGGGUGGGUACGUCAUGGGAGGGGAAAAGCCCCUCCUUGGCACCCCCUCUUCCCUGACUGCUGUCCCCUACCCAGCCUUGCCCCCUCAUCCCUUCUUGCGUUUGGUAUUGAGACUCUUCCCAGACUCCACCCUUCUUUCUUUUGUAUGGACAGUUCCCCUUCAGUCCCAUCCCCCUACACACAUACACCCAGCCGGGGCCAAAUUUAUACUUAUAUAAAAGUUGUAAAUAUGUGAUAUUUUAUCCCUGUGCCCUGUCCUUGCUUUCCCAACCUCAGACCCUACCCCUGGACCCCUUUUCCUCCUCUCUUUGGCUGUUGUAAUUAUCUGGGGUUUGUACUGUACAUAUCCGGGGUGUGUGUGUGUGGGCUGGGGGCAACCCCUCUGUACAGAGCUUCCUGGCCCCCUCCCCUCCACGCUUCCCUCUUCACCCACCCCCCUAAGGGUAGGGAGAUGCUCUUCCUACCUGUUUUAUUUUGUUUUCUCGUUCUCCCUCCCCACCCCACCCCACUCCCACCCUUCUCUUGUCCCGCACCAUUGCCCCUUUUUCUCCACUCCCAGCCCCAUUUCCUUUUUUUCUGGAGUGUGUGGUGAAACAGAAAAAUCAUGUUUAAUAAACGGAGAUUGUUCUUUUA